AUGUCAGUAUCAUUACUUUUUGCUUUUGUCAACUGCUAUGGUGCCAUAUGCAUAGUACAGGGAGCGGUGGGGGGGGGGACCAGGCUCGACAACUACAAACACCUACAGGCGGGUAGUAUGGGUUGGUACAGUCUGCGCUGUCACAGAUUCAGAGCAAGACGAGAGCUUUGUGUCUGUCCCCUCCCGUUCCCGCAGAAAAUGCCGCAGCGAUCUCUCGCCGAAUCAGAUGCACGACCGCGGGGAUAUAUAGUAAGUGGGGAAAGGGUGGGGGUGGGGGGUGGGGGUGUUGAAGGCGGGGAGUGCGCUGUGCGUGCCCCUCGCCCCUUUAGCCGGCCGCGGUUUCGUGCGGCGGUUUCUGCGGGGCCCGGUUUAGACUUCCCGCUCCGCGCGCAUCCUCGCCCCCCUUGCUCCGCGCCCCACGGGCUUCCCCUUUCGCCAGAGAAAUGGGCGCAGAAAGCGCAAACAAUUCCCCGGGGAAAACUAUAG